GCUUUUUUUUUUUUUUUCAUGGCGGUAAUGGGCUUCCAUAGAAGUUUCAGCAAACGUCACUGAUUUAAAUGAGGGUUUGUGUUUUUACACUAGUUGGUGUCACAGGAAGUGGAUUUUUUUUAUUCGCUCUGUCUGUCUGUCCUCAGAACCGGCCGCGCAGUGAAGAGGUUGUGGGUUUGAAUCCCGGGGCCCAGUGAUGCAGCGGAUCAGGGAGGGGAUCCACAUCCGGACCAUGAAGGCCAGGAGGAAAGUGGAGGAGGUCUCCAGGGAGGACGUCCAGGCCUUCCUGAGGAAGAACGCCUUCGUCCUCUUCACGGUGGGCGCCGUGGCCGUAGGGAUCGUCCUGGGCUUCGCCCUGCGUCCCUACAGGAUGAGCUACCGCCAGGUGAAGUACUUCUCCUUCCCCGGAGAGGUUCUGAUGAGGAUGCUGCAGAUGCUGGUGCUGCCGCUGCUCGUCUCCAGCCUGAUCACCGGUCAGAUUCCUGCGCCGCGUGUCCGUCCGCACCCACAGCUGCUGGAGUGUCUCUGACAUGUUCAGGCGGCUCAGUGGGAAUAAAUGUCUUGAAGUAAAAAAACCCAGCAUCGGGCAGGAAAGGUCAGGAAAGGUCAGGAAGGUCAGGAAAGGUCAGGAAGGUCAGGAAACGCCUUCAGGCAGGGAGUUUGGAUCCGCCGAGAUCUUUAUUUCUAAACAAUAUUUUCUGUAAUUUAAUGUAAAAUUAGAGAAUCUUCCAAAAGAAACAUUAAGAUCCUCCGUUAGCAGCGAGAACCAGACAGACAGAAGGUCAGUCAGGGUCAGUCAGGGUCAAUUAGGGUCAAUCAGAGUCAGUCAGGUUCA